UCCCCAAAAGUUCUCAAACAGGGUUCAACUAAAUGAAUCGUUUUGGGGACCGGAACCCCCAUGCUAGCGUGAUUGCUCUUUCUGUUUGGGAUUGACUGCUACUGUGGUUAGACACUUGGAAUAUAUUUUGUGGGUUUUGAUCUGGGUUUGGAAUUGCUUUGGAUUUGACGAUUCUUGAAGCUUUGACAAAUCUUGGGUGAUAAGUUUGGUUGUGUGUGGUGUGAGGUCAAAAGGGUUUUCUGUUCACUUAAUUGUAGAGCUUGGAAUUCGGGUUCUUUCCAUUUGAAUUGUUCCUUGAUUUUGUUAGUGUCAUUUUAGUUGUAAAGAGCUCAAGGAAAAUUGGGCAAUCUGAUUGGGUAUUUACUGAGAGUAAAAGGUUUUUUCCGUUGUGGAUUCAAGAGUUGUAAAGGGUUUAUAGGAAUUUAGUGUUUUUAAAAUUCAUUGGAGUUUAGCAACUUUAUAAUGAAACAAUGAUGGAAGGGUUUGCUUUUCAUUGAGAUUGAAACUUGAAGUGGAUAUUGAAGUUCGGUUAUAAAAAUAAUUUGAGUUUUGUCUUUUGGUGCUGAAACUAUUCAAGCAAAUUGAGAGUUUGCUGCAGGUGUUGAAUUUGGGGAAUUUGAUUAGAUUUUAAGGUUUGCAAUGGAUGAUGUUCAAGGCAGUUCAAAUUCACUUCCUCCUUUCCUUGCAAAAACAUAUGAUAUGGUAGACGAUCCAUCAACAAAUUCAGUUGUGUCCUGGAGUCCAUCUAACAAAAGCUUUGUUGUGUGGAAUCCACCAGAGUUUGCCAGGGAUCUGCUACCAAGAUUCUUUAAGCACAAUAACUUCUCAAGUUUUAUCAGACAGCUCAAUACAUAUGGCUUCAGAAAAGUUGAUCCUGAGCAAUGGGAAUUUGCAAAUGAGGGCUUUGUAAGAGGUCAGCCGCAUCUUAUGAAGAAUAUCCACAGACGAAAGCCGGUUCAUAGUCAUUCUCUUCAGAAUGUACAAAACCAAGGAACUCCGUUAACUGAAUUGGAAAGACAGAGUUUAAAGGAAGAAAUUGAGAGAUUAAAAAAUGAUAAAGAAUUGCUUAUUUUGGACCUACAGAGGCACGAGCAGGAGCGGCAAGGAUUUGAAUUUCAAAUGCAGCUUUUGAAGGAGCGUUUUCAGCGUAUGGAACGGAGACAGCAGAAGAUGUUGUCUUCCGUGGCUAGAGCCUUGCAGAAACCAGGGGUUGCCUCAAAUCUUGGGUCACAGUUGGAAACUCAUGAUAGAAAGAGAAGACUUCCACGAAUAGGUUACUUUUACGAUGAGGGCAACAUUGGAGACAAUUCACUGGGGACUUCCCAGACUGUAGCUAGAGAAAAUGUUGAGAGUACUAGUGCUUUGUCAUCAAACACAGAACAUUUUGAGCAUUUGGAAUCUUCCUUGACCUUUUGGGAGAAUAUUGUGCAUGAUGGUGGUGAAACUGCUCUUCCACUUAAUUCAAGCCUGGAGUUGGAUGAAUCUACAAGUGCAGAUAGUCCAGCCAUAUCUUGCAUACAGCUUAAUGUUGAUGUUCGGCCAAAAUCUCCUGGAAUUGACAUGAACUCUAAGCCUGUUGUAGCAGCUGCUUCUGAUCCUGGUGUGUCAAAGGAACCAGCAGCUGUGACAGCUGCUGCUGUGACAACUGGCGUCAAUGAUGUAUUUUGGGAACAGUUUUUGACAGAAAAUCCUGGUUCUACUGAAAUCCAGGAAGUUCAGUCAGAAAGAAGGGAUUCAGAUGGCAGGAAGAAUGAUAACAAACCUGUUGAUCAUGGCAGAUUUUGGUGGAAUAUGAGAAAUGUAAAUAGUCUUGCAGAACGGAUGGAGCAUCUAACUCCUGCGGAGAGAACUUGAUAUUGUUUGAUUGUUUUUUUUUCUUUUUCUGUUUUCCAGCUUUUGAUGCCUCAGUAUCAUCUUGCAUAAUAAAUUUAGGUAUGAUUGGUUGGAUCUGACAAUAAAUAGAUGUUCUAUGUUUGUAGUUCAUUGUUUUUCAGAACAUCAUGAUUUAUUGUUAUGCCACAAGUCCAUUAUGCAUUUUGGUUUUAGUUGCUGUUAUGAUUUAAAUGGCCUGCGUGGACUCUCUUUCAAUCA